CAACAUCAACACCAACGCCAUAAUCUGCGCCCUGGUGUACCUUACCGCUCCUUUCGCCCUUCAUACGUCGCUAAUACGUACCCCUUUCUCUGGUCCGGCACUCCAAGAGAUAGGAAAUACAUGUUUCCCCCAGCAAACCACAACUAAAUAAUAAUCAUGGAGGGUCCGUUGGCCCCAGGGGCCGCCAACGGCAGCAUACGCACACCAAGCCCCACACCACCAGCUAUAGAUCCCCAGAUUAUCGUCGACUACCUUGAGAAAGUCCUCGACGUCAAUCUGGGAGCUUCUGAACAGGAUCUUCGAGCUCCCGGCAGCUUGCUCUCCCCUUCGAAGCUUCACGACACCCUGCAGCGCUGCACACGAUUCGCCUUGGAGACACAGACGGUCAUAUACGUGCUGAAGGAUCGGGUCGAUGAAGCGCCUUUGGAUGGCCUGGAUGCGCCGAACGGUGCAUCGCCUCACUUUACAUACACUCUUUCUUCCGAACUUGCAUUUUCGUCCACUUGCACCGCAUACCUUGUAAUUACGAAGCGCCCGAUACCCAUAGACCCUGCGAUACCCCUCAGCGCUCAAGUUCAAAUUGUUACUCUUCCUGGAUAUACACUUUCUAAUAACAACGCUUCUACCCAAGACCCUGCCCCUUACGAGGCCAUCCAUACCAUUCUCCAAUACUCCCUCGAGGCCUACUUCGAUGGAUUUACCAAGAGCCAGCGAAGCCAGACGGGCACAUACAGCAAGGGUGACAACGAUGCCAGAACAGGUGUUUCGGCGGCCAAGAAGAAGAUGGCGGAAUUGGCCCUGAGUCUCCAGCACCUUCAGCAGAAUGUUGAAAUCCCGGAGCUUCUCUUGCCACUCCAUCCAGUCAUUCAGAAUGCGCUCGAUACCGCGGCGGAGAAGAACGUCAAGCCUGUACCCGAGCUUCUUCCCGCCCCGGUGCUCGCCGACAGCAGCUUUCUUAAUGGUCUUCAGUCCACUGUUAAUGGGUGGAUCAAGUCUAUUCAGAACAUCACCAAGACCUCCCGAGACGCGCACAGCGGAACCGCCACGCAGGAAAUAAACUUUUGGCUUUCGAUGGAGUCUAGGCUGGAGGAUAUCGAGGCGCAACUGAGCAGUCCCGGUGUCAAACUCACUUUGGAUGUCCUCAAGAAUGCCAAACGUUUCCAAGCCACUGUCAGUUUCAGCGCCGAUACUGGAUUGAAGGAGACCACGGAUUUAGUGCAAAAAUACAACCAGCUCAUGCGCGACUUCCCCUUGGACGAGCUCCUUUCCGCGACCUCCCUCCAAAAGGUCCAGGAGGCUAUCCAGCAGAUCUUCAGCCAUAUGAACAAGAAAUUGCGCAUUUGCCCUUACCCUGUCCGUCGUGCGCUGCCACUUGUUGAAGCGAUUUCCGCUGAUCUGGAUUCCCGGCUGCACGCUCUUCUAUCUGGCCGCACCUUGAUGCAUAUGGAGUAUCCAGAGUUCCAGGCUUUGAUGGACGUUGCCGAAGGCAUUUGGCGAACAUGGGAGGAAAAUGUCAAAGAGUUUACUAAUGUUGCCCGUGAAGUGACCAGACGCAGAAACGAAAAAUUCAUUCCCAUCAAAAUCGCCGCUCGCCACCGCGAAACCGAAGAGCGCCUCAAAUACAUCACCACCUUCCGCAAGAACCACGAACAGCUUCAGCGAACUAUCGUCAACGUUCUUGGUUCGCAAACGUCUCUUUCGGCAUUGUCUGAUGGAUCUUCGAAAGAGGCAGUCAUCGUUGAGGAGAUUGGUGAUGUGGACGCAGUUGAGGAGGUUGCACAGGCAUACGGAGCUUUGAAAGACGUGGAUGUUUUGGACGUAACUCAAGAAGGCACACAAUUGUUCGAGCAGGCCGAGCAAAAGUACAACGAGCGAACUUCGAGAGUAGAGAACUCCAUUAUUGCCAGGCUCAGAGACCGCCUUGGAACGGCAAAGACUGCCAACGAGAUGUUCCGCGUUUUCUCGAAGUUCAACCCACUUUUCGUCCGCCCGAAGAUUCGAGGAGCCAUCUCAGAGUACCAGACUCAGCUUAUUGAGAAUGUCAAGCAGGACAUUUCUGCCCUCCACGAGCGCUUCAAGCGACAGUACGGCAACUCCGAAGCGCACGCCAUGGCGCAGCUCCGCGAUUUCCCUCCCGUCUCCGGCGCCGUCAUCUGGGCACGUCAGAUUGAAACCCAGCUCGAGAACUACAUGGGCAAGGUGGAGGAUAUUCUUGGGAAAGACUGGGCCUUGCAUGCGGAAGGACAGAAGCUUCAGGCUGAAUCUAGCAUGUUCAAGAAGAAGCUUGACACUCGGCCCAUCUUUGAGUCAUGGUUACAGGAGGUUGCGCGACGAAAGCUUUCGAUCUCGGGACGUCUCUUUGCCAUCAACAAGAACCGUGCGGCCGGCAAUGUUUUGGAGCUCAAUGUCAAUUUCGAUGCUCAGGUUAUUGCCCUCUUCAAGGAAGUUCGCAACUUGACGUGGCGCGGAUAUCAAGUGCCACAUGGAAUCAAUAACAUCUCGAAGGAGGCGAAACGGGUGUAUCCCUAUGCUGUCAGCCUAAUGGAGAGUGUGCGGACAUACACCCAGACUGUGCGGUCGAUCAAUGAGAUGACAGGAGUAUCACUCCUGCUUAACGGUUAUCUCAAUGAUGUCCAAAGCCUCGUUGGAAAGGGCGUGCCUCUCAAGUGGGAAUCUUUCGUUCAUGCCUACGAUCUCCAUAUUCGCCAAUCUACAUUCCCUACGGGCUCAGCAGGAAACGUCCGGAGCGAAAGCAAGCACGUCCAAUUUGUUCGAGAGUUUGCUGCGGCAACAUCCCUUCUCCAGACCAAGGUUGCUACACUCGUCACUAUCAACGCCAGUGUUGAGAAAGCCUUGAAAGAUCUCGAGACCUGCCCCUACACCACAGAGGCCUUCCGACAAAACCUUGAGGUCAUUCAGCGUUCCGUGGAUCAGCUUAAUCUUGAGAACUAUUCCAAUCUUUCGUCCUGGGUCUCCGUCAUGAACGCGCGCAUCGAAGUUAUACUACUAGUGCGCCUGUCCCGCGCGAUCUCUCAAUGGAUCGAAGUCUUCACGAAUGAUGAAGACCAGGAAGAAGACCGACGGCCCGUCAGCCAACCAGCGCCUGCAGAACAUUCUGAAGAGAAGCCCACGUUGUCCAAGAUCCGAUUGGACAUCACUAUGAAGAAUCAAGUCAUUUUCCUCAGCCCACCAAUCGAAUUUGCUCGCGCAAACUGGCUCGAACAGCUCCAGCAAUGGUUGGCUGUCAUCUGCACUCUGCAAAAGGUGAAGGCUUCGCGUUAUGAGAUGCGCAUCGAAGCUGCCGAAGAUGCAUCAUUGACUCAAUUCUCGGAUCUCCCCAGCCGUUGCACGGACUCGCUCAUGCAGGUCUAUGGAGCCGUCGAAGGCAAGAUCCGAGAGAUCUCCACUUAUGUCGAUGAGUGGCUGCAGUUCCAGUCUCUUUGGGAUCUUCAAUCAGAGAAAGUUUACGAGAUCCUUGGUGAGGAUCUUUCUCGUUGGCUGCAACUUCUCCAAGAAAUUCGCAAAGCCCGUCAAACUUUCGACAACUCUGAUAUCAGCCGUCGCUUCGGAUACGUCACGGUCGACUACGAGCAGGUGCAGGUCAAGGUUAACGCCAAGUACGAUCAAUGGCAACAGGAAAUCUUGCUCAAGUUCGCCAGCAGGCUCGGUCAGCGUAUGUCCGAACUUUACGUCGAGAUCGAGAAAGCACGUAAAGAUUUGGAAAUCCAGACUCUCGAAGCUUCUUCCACUGCCCAUGCAGUCUCCUUCAUCACCACCGUCCAACAAUGUAGGAGAAAGGUUGAAACGUGGAGGCCGGAGGUGGAAACCUUCCGCCAGGGUCAGGCUGCACUCGGUCGCCAGCGAUACCACUUCCCAUCUGACUGGCUGCACAUUGACCAGAUCGAUCACGAGUGGCUCACAUUGAACGAGGUUCUUGAGCGCAAGACCAAGAUCGCGAAUGAUCAACAAGAUGCUCUGCGCGCUAAGAUUCUCGCUGAAGACAAGAUUGUUAACCAGAAGAUUGCCGAUAUUACUGCACAGUGGUCACAGGAGAAGCCUGUCGCCGGAAGCAUUGCUCCUAAAGAUGCUUCAGCAACAUUGGCGACAUUCGAUUCAAAGCUCAACCAGCUCCAAACCGAAUCAGAGAACAUCUCUAAAGCGAAGGAAGCCCUUGAACUACCACCUUCACCCGACAAUGGUCUUUCAGCUCUCCUCGAAGAAGUGCAAGACUUCAAGUCCGUUUGGGCCUCGUUGACCACUAUCUGGGACAGCAUCGACACUCUCAGAGACACCCUUUGGACCAGCAUUCAGCCUCGAAAACUACGUGGCCAUUUGGACAACUUGAUCAAGAUGACAAAGGACAUGCCCAGCCGCAUGCGACAAUACGCGGCGUUCGAAUACGUACAGAACACCUUGAAGCAACUUCUUAAAGUGAACCCCCUACUUGGCGAACUUCGAUCGGAUGCUUUCCGAGAGCGCCACUGGGUCCGAAUCUUCAAGCAGCUUAAGCCCAACAAACGCUACUCCGCCACUUCUAUGACCCUCGGCGACGUCUGGGACCUCCAACUAGGACCAAGUGAGGUCAUCAUUCGAGACGUCAUUACUCAAGCGCAGGGUGAGAUGGCAUUGGAAGAGUUCUUGAAGCAAGUUCGUGACACUUGGCAAAACUAUGUACUUGAGCUUGUCAACUACCAGAACAAGUGUCGCCUUAUCCGUGGCUGGGAUGACCUCUUCGCUAAGUGCAGCGAGAACCUCAAUUCGUUACAAGCUAUGCGACACUCGCCAUACUACAAGGAGUUCGAGGAAGAAGCCUCCGCCUGGGAGGAGAAGCUCAAUCGUGUCCACGUUCUCUUCGAUGUCUGGAUCGAUGUCCAGCGCCAAUGGGUCUAUCUCGAGGGUGUAUUCACUGGCAACGCUGAUAUCAAGCAUUUGCUGCCCAUGGAAUCUUCCCGCUUCCAGAACAUCAAUUCCGAGUUCCUUUCUGUCAUGAAGAAGGUUUCGAGACAACCUUUCGUUCUCGAAGUUCUAAAUAUCUCCGGCGUGCAGAAGUCCCUGGAACGUCUUGCUGAGCUGUUGAAUAAGAUCCAGAAGGCUUUGGGAGAAUAUCUCGAGCGGGAGCGUGUUUCAUUCCCUCGCUUCUAUUUCGUCGGUGACGAGGACUUGCUUGAAAUCAUUGGUAACAGCAACGACACACUUCGCAUCGCCAAGCACUUGAGGAAAAUGUUUGCUGGUAUUUCCGGAUUGAUCACCGAUGAAGAUGGUAUCAUCCAGGGUUUUACCUCCAAGGAGGGCGAGGAGGUCAUGCUCCGUAAAGAAGUCAAUCUCGUCAAGACUCCAAGAAUCAACGAAUGGCUCGGCGCCCUCGAACUGAACAUGAAGACAACGCUUGCCGAGUUGACUAUCGAGGCUUAUCAAGAAUUCCAAGAACUUAUGGCCGCCGAUGCCAUGGAUUCGGAGGCGUUCAAUGCAUACAUCGCAAAAUACCCCGCGCAAAUCGUUGUCCUUGGAACUCAAGUUGCCUGGACACACUCCGUCGAGAAGUCUUUGGCUGAGGGAGGAGCAUCUCUGCCGCAGCUCUAUGAGAAACAAGUGAAUACCCUAAGAAUGCUUGCGACCGCAGUUCUGGGCGACCUCGGACCAAUUGAGCGAAAGAAAUGCGAGGCUUUGAUCACCGAGUUUGUCCACCAACGCGAUCUCAUUCAGAAGCUAGAGAAGGCCGAAGCACAAUCAACGACACAUCCCCUCUGGCUGCUCUCUAUGCGUUACGUCUAUGAGCCGGAAAGGGACUUGCUGCAGCGCAUCAAGAUCAAGAUGGCUAACUCCACUCUUGAUUACGGUUUCGAAUACCUUGGAGUCGCAGAGCGCCUCGUUCGAACACCAUUGACCGAUCGCUGUUUCCUCACUCUCACACAAGCACUCUGCCAACGACUUGGAGGAUCUCCCUAUGGACCUGCCGGUACCGGAAAGACCGAAUCUGUCAAGGCUCUGGGUCUUCAGCUUGGUCGCUUCACUCUCGUUUUCUGUUGCGACGACACCUUCGAUUUCCAGGCCAUGGGACGUAUCUUCCUCGGUAUCUGUCAGGUCGGUGCUUGGGGUUGUUUCGAUGAGUUCAAUCGUCUUGAAGAGCGUAUCCUUUCAGCCGUGUCUCAGCAAGUUCAGAACAUCCAACUUGGUCUCAGGAAGGGUGCUGAAGACGAGAAUUCGCAGAUUGAAUUGAUCGGUCGCCAACUCAGAGUCAAUGGCAACACCGGUAUUUUCAUCACCAUGAACCCUGGAUAUGCUGGUCGUUCCAACUUGCCCGACAAUUUGAAGAAGCUCUUCCGAAGCGUGGCUAUGUCCAAGCCCGACAAGGAGCUCAUUGCCGAAGUCAUGCUGUACUCCCAGGGUUUCGGACGCGCGAAGGAACUGUCUAAGCAAGUCGUGCCCUUCUUCGACAAGUGUUCUGCUGGUCUUUCAAAGCAAGCUCAUUACGACUUCGGUCUUCGUGCCUUGAAGAGUGUCUUGGUCAGCUCCGGUGGACUGAAGCGUGCUCGCAUUGCAUCGACUGAUUCUGCUUCCGAAGCAGACGAGCAGAUCAUGGAACCUCAAAUCAUCGUGCAGAGUCUGCGCGAGACUAUCUCUCCCAAGUUGAUCCGAGCCGACGCCGAAGUCAUGAAGACAAUUGAAGGCGAGGCUUUCCCUGGCGUGGAGUACGUUCCUGCCCCCCUUGACAAGCUUCAAGAUGCGAUCCGUAAAUCUGCAGAGGAGUCCAAGUUCGUCGUUACGGACGCUUGGAUGACCAAGAUCCUACAGCUCUACCAGAUUCAAAACCUGCACCACGGUGUUAUGAUGGUCGGUUCUUCUGGCUCUGGUAAAUCCGCCGCGUGGAAGACUCUGCUUUCAGCUCUCCAGGCAGUCGAAGGUGUCGAGGGCGUCUGCCACGUCAUUGAUCCGAAGGUCAUGUCCAAGGAGGAAUUGUACGGUAGUUUGGACAGCACUACCCGUGAAUGGACCGACGGUCUCUUCACCAGCAUUCUGCGUAAGAUUGUCGACAACCUACGUGGCGAGGAUAGCAAGCGUCACUGGAUCGUAUUCGAUGGUGAUGUCGAUCCGGAAUGGGUUGAGAACUUGAACAGUGUACUCGACGACAACAAACUUCUGACGCUACCCAAUGGUGAGCGUCUCAACCUCCCACCGAACGUGCGCAUCAUGUUCGAAGUCGAGACUCUUAAAUAUGCCACGCUCGCUACCGUCUCUCGUUGCGGUAUGGUCUGGUUCAGCGACGACACUGUAGAGGUCGACAUGAUGAUUGCCAACUACAUCCAGAACCUCCGAACAGUGCCUUUCGACGACAUCGAGGAUGAUUCGGUUGCGCCCGGCCAGCUUUCCCAGAAGACCCUCCAGGUCCAAGGUCUCAUCGCCGAGUUCUUGCAAAUAAAGCUCACUCAAGACCGCUUCAUCGAGAAAGCGCUUAGUCUGGCAAGAAAGUUCCAGCAUAUCAUGGAGUACACCGAUAUCCGUGCUCUCAACACGCUCUUCUCGCUAUUGAACAAGGCAUGCCGCAAUGUGCUUGAGUACAACGUUCAGCACCAGGAUUUCCCUCUCGAGGACGAGAAGAUGGAGGCUUACCUAUCCAAGAAACUUCUUGUUGCUUUGGUUUGGGCACUUGUCGGCGACUGCCCUCUAUCCGAACGCAAGAAGUUUGGUGACCAGAUCGUGGGCCUUACGGAUGUCGAGCUCCCACCAUUGACCGAGAGCUCCUCUCUCAUCGACUACGACGUAAAGCCUGACAAAGCAGACUGGUCUCUCUGGCAGAAUGAGGUACCGAACAUGGAAGUCAACACUCACUCUAUCAUCCAAACCGAUGUGGUCAUUCCCACCCUCGACACUGUGCGUCACGAGGAUGUUCUAUACUCUUGGCUCGCCGAGCACAAGCCUCUCUUGCUCUGUGGUCCCCCUGGUUCCGGUAAAACUAUGACUUUGUUCAGCGCUCUCCGCAAGCUUCCUAAUAUGCAAGUCGUCGGCCUCAAUUUCUCCAGCGCGACAACCCCAGAUCUGCUCAUCAAGACAUUCGAGCAGUACUGCGAGUACAAGAAGACUCUCAACGGCGUGCAGCUCACGCCUACCCAGAUCGGUCGAUGGCUCAUUAUUUUCUGCGAUGAAAUCAACUUGCCCGCCCCAGAUCACUACGGUACACAACGCGCCAUCUCGUUCUUACGCCAACUUGUGGAACAGAACGGAUUCUGGAGGACUUCUGACAAGACUUGGGUCACCUUGGACCGCAUUCAGUUCGUUGGUGCUUGUAACCCUCCCACUGACGCUGGUCGUACUCCGAUGGCAUUGCGAUUCCUCCGCCAUUCGCCAUUGAUCAUGGUCGAUUACCCUGGAGAGCAGUCUCUAUUGCAAAUCUACGGUACCUUCAACUCCGCUGUGCUCAAGAUCAUCCCGACAUUGCGAGGUUAUUCAGAUGCGUUGACCAAGGCGAUGGUACAACUUUACUUGGAAUCACAGAAACGAUUCACUCCGGAUAUUCAGCCACACUACGUGUAUUCCCCACGUGAAUUGACAAGAUGGGUGCGUGGUGUGUACGAAGCACUGAGGCCACUUGAGACGUUGCCUGUUGAGGGCUUGGUCCGCAUCUGGGCCCAUGAAGCCCUGCGCCUGUUCCAGGAUCGUCUCAUUGCCGAAGAGGAGCGCAAGUGGACCGAAGAGUGCGUCAAUCGUGUGGCACUCGAGCACUUCCCUACCAUCGACCAAGACAAGGCGCUCGGUGGCCCCAUUCUCUUCUCUAACUGGCUUUCCAAGAACUAUGUGCCAGUUGAGCGCGACCAGCUGCGAGAUUUCGUCAAGGCUCGUCUCCGUACCUUCUGCGAAGAAGAAGUCGAUGUGCCGCUUAUCCUUUUCAACGACGUUCUCGAGCAUGUUCUCCGCAUUGAUCGUGUCUUCCGCCAACCUCAAGGUCAUCUUAUCCUCAUUGGUGUCAGUGGUAGUGGCAAGACAACUCUGUCUCGUUUCGUUGCUUGGAUGAACGGUCUAAAGGUGUACCAGAUCAAGGUGCACGGAAAAUACUCUGGCGAGGACUUCGAUGAGGAUCUGAGGAACGUCCUCCGACGAUGCGGUUGCAAGGGAGAGAAGAUCUGCUUCAUUAUGGACGAAGCUAAUGUUCUCGACUCUGGUUUCUUGGAACGCAUGAACACACUGCUUGCCAAUGCCGAAGUCCCUGGUCUUUUCGAAGGCGACGAAUAUGCGUCUUUGAUGACGGCGAUUAAGGAAGGUGCGCAGCGACAAGGCACAAUCCUGGACUCGCAAGAAGAGCUCUACAAAUGGUUCACUGAGCAGAUUGUUAAGAACCUCCACGUUGUCUUCACCAUGAAUCCUCCAGAGGAAGGCCUCUCCUCCAAGGCUGCAACCAGUCCUGCCUUGUUCAAUCGUUGUGUGCUCAACUGGUUUGGAGACUGGUCAGACCAGGCUCUCUACCAGGUCGGUUCUGAGUUGACAACAUCCGUGGAUCUUGAUCGCCCCAACUACAGCGCUCCUGAUAGUAUCCCUGUCGCGUACCGCGGAUUGAGCCUGCCGCCAACACAUCGUGAGUCGGUUGUGAAUGCUAUGGUCUACGUCCACCAUUCGUUGCACGCGUUCAAUGCCCGCUUGCUCAAGCAGCAAAACAAGAAGACUUACCUCACGCCCCGUCACUUCUUGGACUUCGUCGCGCAAUACGUCAAGCUGUACAACGAGAAGCGGGAGGAUCUUGAGGAACAGCAACGCCAUCUCAACGUUGGUCUUGAGAAGCUUCGCGAGACUGUCGAGAAGGUCAGGGAUCUUCGUGUCAGUUUGGCCGACAAGAAGACACAGCUUGAAAAGAAGGACGCAGAGGCCAACGAGAAGCUGCAGCGUAUGUUGAAGGACCAGCAAGCGGCUGAGCAGAAGAAGACCAACUCGCUCCAGAUCCAGGAGCAGCUCGCCGUUGCUGAGAAGGAGAUUGCAUCUCGCAGGGAUGUCGUCAUGCACGAUCUCGCAGCCGCCGAACCCGCCGUGCUCGAGGCCCAGAAGAGUGUCCAGAACAUCAAGCGUCAACAUCUCACUGAAGUCCGUUCUAUGCAGAACCCGCCUUCUGGUGUCAAGUUGGCUCUAGAGGCUGUUUGCACGCUCCUUGGUCACAAGAUCGAUAGUUGGAAGACCAUUGUUUCCAUCAUCAGGCGUGAUGACUUCAUCGCCAGCAUCGUGCAGUUUAAUAACGAGAGGCAGAUGACGGCCGCUCUUCGGAAGAGAAUGCGCAAUGAUUAUCUUUCGAAGGAGGACUUCACUUUCGAGAAGGUCAACCGUGCAUCCAAGGCUUGCGGUCCCCUCGUCCAGUGGGCCGAAGCCCAGGUCAACUACUCCGACAUCCUUGACCGUGUCGGACCACUCCGCGCUGAAGUCGAUGAGCUCGAGAGCAAGGCGCAGGCCACCAAGGACCAGGCCAAGGAGACUGAGAUUGAGAUCUUGAAUUUGGAGGAGAGCAUUGCGCGCUACAAGGACGAGUACGCGGCUUUGAUCAGAGAGACUGAGGCCAUCAAGUCGCAGAUGACGACUGUGCAGUUCAAGGUCGAUCGCAGUGUCCGUCUUUUGGACAGUCUUUCGUCCGAGCGAGGACGUUGGGAGGAGAGUAGCAAGUCUUUCGAUUCUCAGAUCGACACUAUCGUUGGUGACGUGCUGGUUGCUGCGGCUUUCAUGGCAUAUGGCGGUUACUACGACCAGCAGUACAGGAAGACCAUGACUGAAGACUGGUAUCACCACCUCUCGCUUUCUGGUAUCAGUUUCAAGACGCCAAAUCCGAUCACCGAGUAUCUCUCUACUGCCGACGAGAGAUUGUCGUGGCAACACAAUUCUCUGCCUGUGGAUGACCUCUGCACGGAGAACGCCAUCGUCUUAAAGAGAUUCAACCGCUACCCCUUGAUCAUCGAUCCUUCCGGCCGCGUGACCGACUUCUUGCAGAACGAAUGCAAGGAUCGCCGACUCACGGUUACCAGCUUCCUAGACGACUCUUUCACCAAGCAGCUCGAGAGUUCGUUGCGUUUCGGAAACCCAAUUUUGAUCCAGGAUGCCGAACAUCUGGACCCGAUCCUCAACCACGUUCUCAACAAAGAGUACCAGAAGACUGGUGGUCGUGUGCUCAUCCAGCUCGGAAAGCAGGAAAUCGAUUUCUCCCCGUCGUUCAAGCUUUACCUCUCUACACGCGACCCGUCGGCCAAUUUUGCGCCUGAUAUCUGCAGUCGAACUACGUUUGUCAAUUUCACGGUUACACAGAGCAGUCUGCAGACUCAAACGCUCAAUGAGGUGCUCAAGUCCGAACGUCCGGACGUCGAUGACCGACGAUCGAACCUCAUCAAAAUGCAAGGAGAGUUCAGCGUGCAUCUACGACAAUUGGAGAAGCGUCUUCUUCAAGCGCUUAACGAGUCUCGUGGCAACAUUCUCGAUGACGAUCGUGUCAUUGAGACACUCGAGACCUUGAAGAAGGAAGCUGCCGAAAUUUCAGCCAAGGUGUCCGAAACUGCUGGCGUCAUGACGGAGGUCGAGAACAUCACCAAGGAAUACACGGUCAUUGCCCGAUCGUGCUCGGCCAUCUUCGCCGUCUUGGAGCAGCUGCAUCAUCUCAACCACUUCUACCAGUUCUCGCUGCAGUACUUCACGCAGAUCUUCGACACCGUGCUUCGCAAGGUGCAGAAGUCGGGCACGACUGGCCAUGCUGCGCGCAUUGAGCAGAUCCUUAGCGAGCUCUUCGUUGAUACUUAUCGUCGUACUUCGCUCUCACUACUUCAGAAGGACCGUGUCACGCUUGCGAUGCUCUUGGUUCAGGCGGCUCCUUACAAGAUGGAUAAGACGCUCAUUGACACUAUCCUGGACAAGGAUCUCGAGGCUGUUGAUGUCUCGACCCAGACUGAGCGGAAGGACGAGGCUAUGGCGCGUGCAGCUAAAUUGCCAAUUUUCAAGACUGACCUCGAGAAGGUUGAUGGUGCUGCCUGGGAUGCGUUCCUGGCUGAGGAGCUUGCAGAGCGACACGUGCCUCAGGCCUGGCCUGAAGAUCUGCCCAAGUUCGAUCAGCAUCUUCGAUCGCUCGUUUUGGUCAAGCUGUUCCGUGUGGAUCGCUUUGUGCCUGCUGUUGAGCGAUUUGUCACUGAGGUCUUCGGCAAGGGUCUCACGGAUGUCAAUGGAGAUUUAGGCGAUAUCGUCAAGCAGGUUACUGCAAUCACCCCUGUCGCGCUCAGCUCCAGCCCUGGUUUCGAUGCCAGUUACAAGGUCGACAAUCUCGUUGAGCGGGAACACGCAACCUGCACGAACAUUGCCAUGGGUUCCAACGAAGGAGUGGCAACUGCGGACAAGGCCAUCAGCAAUGCCGCUACCACGGGCAGCUGGGUGCUCGUCAAGAAUGUGCAUCUCGCACCUCAAUGGCUGCAGUCGCUUGAGAAGAGGUUGGAAGCGCUCAAGCCAAACCCCGACUUCCGACUCUUCUUGUCCAUGGAGUCAAGCCCCAAGAUCCCGGUCAACCUUCUCCGUGCGUCUCGUGUACUGUCUUACGAACAACCUGCUGGUAUCCGUGCCAACAUGAAGGAUUCGCUGUCGUCGUUGUCGGAGAAGGCUACGAAGCCGCCUGUCGAGAAGGGUCGUAUCUACUUGUUACUUUCCUUCCUUCACGCCGUUGUGCAAGAGCGUCUUCGAUACGCGCCAAGUUUGGGAUGGAAGGGCUUCUGGGAGUUCAACGAUAGUGAUUACGAAUGCUGCAGCUACAUCAUCGACACCUGGGUCGACACCGUCUCCCAAGGCCGCACCAACGUGCGGCCCGACAACAUCCCCUGGGAGAUGAUCCGCACCCUCAUGACGGAAAUGUACGGCGGCAAGAUCGACGACGAGUCCGACUUCCGCACGCUCCGCUCCCUCGUCGAGUCCUGCAUGACGCCCGCGGCCUUCGAAGACAACUUCAAGGUCGUCCAGGACACGGAGCACAGCGCCGGCCUCGAACUCCCCGCCACGACGGGCUGGCGCGAGUUCAUGGGCUGGGUCAACGACCUGCCCGAGCGCGAACCCCCGACCUACCUGGGGCUGCCGGCCAACGCCGAGAAGUUGCUGCUCGUGGGCCAGGCCAAGGAGAUGUGUGCGAAUUUGGAGAGGGUGCUCAGGAUGCUGGAUGAGGGGGAGCAUGUCAUGGCUGAGGCGGCGGAGGUCGAGGUUGAAGCGCCUCAGAGUUAAAUGGACAAACAAACCAUUUCGUUCUUUUUUUCUUGUUUACUUGAGAGGUUGAUGGGUUGAGAUUGAUGGGUUGAGAUUGAUGGGUUGAGAUUGAUGGGUUGAGAUUGAUGGGUUGAGAUUGAUGGGUUGAGAUUGAUGGGUUGAGAUUGAUGGGUUGAGAUUGAUGGGUUGAGAUUGAUG